CACGUGGGUGAGAAACAGCUCGUGGGAACCAAGGCCCGCCUCUGCCUCAUUUGCAGGAAGAGAAGAAAAAACAGGAGAGAGUGUGUUUCCCUUCCGUGCGAGGCAGUUGAUGUAGAAACCCCAUCACGGGUCGCCAACACAUCCUGUCCCCGUAACUGCUGCGCGGCUCCACCGGUCAGCUCCAGGCCAUGUGCCCCGGUCCCACCGCCCUGCUGGGCUUUGUGCUCUGCCUGGGCUGGACGGUCGGCGUGCGUGAGGGGUCCCUGCCCAGACCGUCCAUCUCAGCUGAGCCAGGCUCUGUGAUCCCCCAGGGGCAGCCUGUGACCAUCGUGUGCCGGGGUCCUGCUGGGGCUGAGUCAUUCCGGCUGGAGACAGAGAGCGGACACACCCAUUUCAGGGAUGAGACUAAUGUAUCUCUACCCGGCCAAUCUGGGACGGAGGCCAGGUUCCCCAUCGAGGCAGUGAGCGGACACACGGCCAGGCGUUAUCACUGUCUCUAUCACGUCCGGUCUCAAGGCUGGUCUGAGCGCAGCGAGUCCCUGGAGCUGGUGGUGACAGCUGCACCCUCUGACCCACCCCCGGGCUCCUCCCUGCCAGGACCCACGCAGACGCCUGUCCACGACAGCGGCCAUGGCGGCCUGAAGCCAGAAUACCUUCCUGCUGUCCUCGGGGUCUCCGCGGUCUUCCUCCUGGGCCUCCUCCUCCUGGGCCUCGUCCUCCUCCAUCGCAAGCAUCAGAAGAAAAGUGGGCCGCCCGGCCGCAGGGAUGAGGAGCAGAGGCCGCAGCAGAGGCCCCGCCCAGCUGCUGACGUCCCCGCCCCGGAGAGGACACCCGAGGUGGCCACGGUCGACAGACUCCCUGAGACGGACAGACAGACGGACACCCCGCCCCCCACUGCAGAGAGCCCCGAGGAAGUGACCUACGCUCAGCUGGACCACAAGGUGCUCACGCAGGGGGCAGCCCUUGCCGUGUCCCCUCAGUCCAGGGAGCCCACGACUGAGUUCAGCACUUACGCAGCCCUCUCCAGACGCUGACCCCAGGCCUGGCUGGCCCUGUGACGGGAGGUGACGGGAGGUCACCUGGGAAACUUCGAAGCCCCCAUGGAGGCUUCCCCUUGGGAUCAUCCUGGACUGGAAGGCAGCAGCGAGCUCUCCUGGGGACAGGAGCUGCAGCCUGGAGGGCUCUAAUCCAGCUCUGGGAGCUGCAGCCUCCAGGGGUCCCUCCCACCCCUGCUGGGCGUCUUCCAGAAGCUGUGCCCAGUCCUUUGCAGAGCUUGGCGCAGGCCACACAGCUGCUUAGAGGCCCAACUACCUGGCAGUUUCCAGAGUCCCAGCAACAGUC